AGUCAGACUGAAACUCCCUCAGCCUACACAAUCUCCCCACACAACCUCGGGCUCAGUAAUGUUGGAUACGCUGCAAGAGUGAGCUCUACCUUCCACACACAGUCUGCUAUCAUCUGCUCGAGGACACGCACAGCACACACCCGAAAAUCAGAAAAUGGACCAGGAGGGUGGUGAAACAACCAUCAUGGAAGAGGCCGACCUGCUGAAGGAGAGGCUCCAGGCGAUCACGAACAAAAGAAGGAUCCAGGAGGACAUCAACAAGAAGAGGAGACAGAUCGAAGAGGAGAAAUUAAAACUCCAGUACAUAAAGAAGAAAGCCCUGAGAGAGCAGUGGCUGAUGGAUGGUCUGAGUCAGCAGUCGGAGGAGGAACAGGAGGCCAUGAGGCUUCAGGCUCAUGACGAGCAACAGCAGAGUGAUCAGCUGCAGAGCAACAUCCUCAGAAUAGAGAAGGAGAUUGAGGCCUUGGAAACACAGGAACUCAACAUAUCUGCCAAUGAAGAAGUAGUUCUGAAGCGGUUAAAAGAGGUGGAGAGGACGGCUGAAGACAUUAUAAAGAAAGCUACUGUGGUGGACAGAGAAGCAGAUGGACAAGAACUGAAUGAAGGUUGCAACACAACUGAGUAUUUCAACUCCUUCUCCGUCACCAUGGAAACCACUGAACAAUCAGAGCUGGCAAUGAACUGUGAAGUGGAGGUCAAUGUGGCUGAUUCACCUGAGCAGGGAAAGGAUUUCAAUACAUAUGAUGAGCAAGUUUGUUUAGAGACAGACUCAUCAGAGUCCCCAGGGGAAAAGGUGACGCUUGGCAAAACAACCAACCUGCCAGCUGACACAAUUGAGAUUUUCAAGCCUGACUGCUCAGAGGCCAAUGUUUGCACUGUAUUGCCUUAUCAAGAUCAAAAGGAAGCUAUGAUAUUAGAAACAAAGCAUGGCGGCCUCAACAGGAAUGAGUCAAUCACCUCAUCUGUGUCUGACACACUCUCCAGUGCUGACAGUGUUUAUGAGAAUGAGAUCCAUCGUAGGAGGCAGGACACGCCAGAACAAGAUCCUGAGCAAGAACAAGUCCCUGAGCCAGAGCAGUAUCCUGAGCCAGAGCAGUAUCCUGUGCCAGAGCUGCAUCCUGAGCCAGAACAGUAUCCUGAGCCAGAACAGUAUCCUGAGCCAGAGCAGUAUCCUGAGCCAGAACAAGACCCUGAACCAGAACCAGAACUAUACCCUGAGCCAGAACAAGACCCUGAACUAGAGCAAUACCCUGAGACACAGGAAGAGCAGGGACACUACUCUGUGCUAGAGCAAGAUCCUAAACCUGACCAGUACCCUGAGCAGGAGCCAGAGUCUGAGGCUGAAGAUAAUGACCUUAAUCCUGAGGAUGAUGGCUAUCAAAAUCUGGAAAUAGACAUAGAGGAGGACCCAGAGGCUCAUACCAUCCUAUUUGAACCACCAAUGACAGAGGAGUCUACAUUAGAGCAGUGUAUCAGAGAAGAGGCAAUGUCAGAUGUGUCCAAUGAGUCCUGUCAUUACCUUGAUCCUGAAGAAAUGGACGAAUGUCUGAGAGUUGAGAUUGCAGCUGCUUCUUCAGAUAGUGACACAGACGAGAAAUGGAGAGCUAUAUUCUCGUCUUCUAUAAAUAAAGAAGAUGAUGACUCAUAUUUAGACAGUCUUCAGCUGAGUGCCCAGGAGCUCUUUGUGCAGAAAGUUGAGGUGAAAGACUUUGAAGAACAAGACAACGACAACUUUGAAGAGGUCCGUUAUGAGGUUCCACAAGUGGAAGAAGUUCUGGAACAACCUGAGGAUAUUGGUUCAUUUUCCACCCCUCCACAAGAGGUUAAAUGUAACCCUUUAGGCCUUCAAGGUUUGUCCAAAAUCUCUGAAGAUGAGAGUGAAAAUGGCAGAGAUGCCAAUCACAAUCACACCACCCAACAACAGCACAUCAAUGCAGAUCCAAACAAGAAGCUACCUAAAGACUUCUGUGUGAUACAAGAGACCAAGAGUGAGAAUGUUAGCACAGAGCAUGUGGACUUCCAGCUGGCUCGUAAACAGUGGAGGGAAAUGGAGGAGCAAACCACAAACAAGAUUGUCUUACCUACAACCAAGCAGCCCAGCUUCCAUGGCAGUCACAGCUUCAUGUACACACCGGUUCGCAACAUUGAAAGAACCCAGAAGAAAUCGCAUGAUCUGGAGAACUUAAAUCUGGUUGGGGAUUAUCCUCACACCCAAUUCAGCCCUUGCUCAGAGGAUUCUGGCCUGGAUGAUUCCAGUUACAGGUCCCCUUAUGAUGACCCGGAAACACCAGUUGAAAGGGAGAUUCGCAUAUCAAUGGAAAGGGAGGAAAACUUCAGGAGAGAGAGGGGCCUCUCCAGGAUGGGCAAAUCAACUGACUGUGCUCCAUCACGAAGUUUCCCCAGAUCCAUAAGCACUCCACUCACGCCAUCAUUCAUUAUCACCUCCUCACCCACUAAGGAACCCCUGAAACAUGAAGUGUCGGCAAACAACAUUAUCAUUCUUGACCCAAGCAAGGAUUUCACCUCCAGCCCCAGACAUGGCAAAGACAAUGUAACUGCUCUGUCCAGCGAGUGGCGCUCCGAGGACAGCGGCUCCAACCUCAUCAUCCUAGAGACAUCCAAUCUGAUUAUUCGCAGCGCCUCUGAGUUCUCCCUCAACAAAGCCUGUGAGCAGCCCCAAGAAAAAAUGUUCCUGAACAACCCCUUUUUCAAGCUGCGUUCAAGAAGCACAAUAUCACUGGUGGAUGAAGAGAUUAAGAUGGUGAAGCAGAGGGAGGAUGAGCUGAGGAAAGAGAGGGCAAAUAUGUAUGGCAAAGACAGGUUCAAUACAGACAAGAUGUCAAAUCACAUGGACACUUUGGCAUUUCACAAUUCAGUUGAUGUACCAGUGAAGUGCAAAUCCUCUCCAUCAUCACCAAUGAAAACAGCCUACAAGAUGGAUCGCUGUGCUUUAUCCUGCGAUCACAGAUUUCCAGACGUCUAUACCGGAGGAAGACGCAAGAGCGCCAUGGCUCUGCGCUGGGAGGCAGGCGAAUUUGCAAAAAAUGACUGAAGAGGAGCAAGUCAACAGUUUCCCAUAUAGUGAAUUGUCAGUGUUACUCAUUCAAGUUAAAUGCAGCUUUGCAGUUGUUUGUUUCAUGUUGUGACAUAACCUAAACUCUGCUUCUGUGAUGCUUUGGGCAAAACUAGCAGGACAAUGAGAAUGUUUGUGAGCACAUUAGUUUGGAGUUCACUGAGAACUUAUACACACAGUAUUAUAUUGUACCAUGGACACACUAUAAGCUGGAAGGCUGCUGGUGUCAGCUCUUACGAGAUUAGACAAAGAAGACUAAUGUGAUUGGCAAAGACAUUGACAACACACACUUUCUAUUUAAACCAUAUUUUUAAUAAACAAUAUUAAUAUGGUGGUGAUGGUAUAAAUGGAACAAUCUUCUCUGAUCAAUGCGCGUAUCAAAAAUAAGUCACUCUACAGAGACAAACCCAUAUUAUCAGUCUAUGGGUCGUGCAAUAAUUUUCACUAACUGCAUGCCUCCCACAAGCUGGAAAAUGAAGCCAACGUGAAAGUGCCAAAAACUGCAGUUCCUUAAAUGGCCACUUGAGGCUGGAUUCAAAAGCGAGUAAAUCCCCAUAUACCCCCAUCUUAAAAUGCUCGACUUUACAGCAGAAAUAAGCAUGUUUACAGCCCGGUAAAAAAUAGUUAUGGUCUAAAUAGCAAUUAUUUUAUAAAACUCACCUUUUAAUUAUAUUAAGGCUUAAAGUUAUGCAUAAUUAAGGCCAUGGUUGUAUUGAGUGAGAGGUAGGUGCUGUCACAGGUUGCAAACCGCUAACAGUCUGCUAGCUCCACCUACGCUCCACCUCUUUGCCCAUUUUUGGAUUAGCUGGAGUCAGGCACUGCCAAUGUGGGGAUGGCUGGAGUCACUGCACUGAGCUUCACAAUUGCUAUUCAGAAACGUAUGGGUGCCGUCACAGAAACUACAUCCAUGUUUUAUACAGUUUAUGAUGCCACCUUGUGGAAUAUCCCUUACCUACUGAAGACCUGUGUAAGAGGUCCAAACCAGAAGCACAAAAUCUCAAUGAACUAACUGCCAGAGCAAAUAUUUUAAAAAGUGUUAUUCUCUAAUUUCUGAUUUGGCCUUAUUUACAAGGAUAGUAGUUAAGGAUAAUAUAAUAUCUUAAUACAGUCACACUCACAUUCAAUAUGUACAUUGACAGAGUUAGUGGUCGCUAUAAAAGUUCAGCUAAAACUAAUAUGAGGCUUCAGCAAUGUGAGUUAGACAAAUCAAGUGUUGGCUUAUUGCUGAUAUAAUAUUGCCUGUAGAGUUGUAUCUUUGUCUUGUGUUGAACUCUGUUUCCAGUUUGAAUAGUGUUUUCUGCAGCACUGCCCUUGAAGGUUAGAUACAGGGCUUAAUUGCCCUAAAUAUGACUUAUUGCAGUUAAGGCUAUAGUUGGGAGAGGAUAAAGCUACAUUAAUUGAUUUCACUUUGGGGCAGCAGAGACAAGCUAUAAACAAAUAUUAAUAUAUCACCUUUUAAAAGGUUAUGGUGAAGUUUUCAGUAUUCAGAUGCCUACUUACACAUCCAGUAGAAACAGAGCAAAAUCUAUUUGGAGUCAUGUUUGUGUCCGCCUGAAGUCCAAUAUUCCCUCUCAUUUUAGCUCUAGUUUGGUCUCAGCUAGCUCCUUUAGAAAAGAAAUUGUCUCUUUAGCUGCUAGAUGCUCCAUUAUUUUCACCAGCUAGUCUCUUACAUUGUCUGUCUGUUGUUUGAUGAUGGGCAGGUAGUGUACAAUAGGUUUAUCAGCUUAUUUACUGAAAACAGCUGACUAAUACUGCUGGAAAUUAGGUUGAUGAGAGCUCUGAGACUGAACCAAAAACAGUAAGUAAGUGUUCUGUUUAGCUGAGGGGAACUGCUCAGUUGCUGAUACUCUGUGGGUUUAUCACUAUGAGCGACACAUUUCAUGUUACUCAUAGUCAUUUGAUUCAUUGUAAAUAUAAAAAUAAUGAUUUGUGCAGCUGGUAAGGUAAGGGGAGCCACAUAUUGAUGGGGACUUUGACAUAACAACAACAACAUAUAUGCCUGCAACUAUGGACUGUGGCUCGGUGAGAAAACAGAGUAGAGGAGACUAGCCUCAUAUUAGCUUCAGCUCAACAUUAGAAUGCAUUUUUAUACAGAAGGACUGUGGAUAGUGUAUCCCAUCCUUUACAGUUUAGUCAAGCUUUGAAGAGAUUGCUUCAUGGCCAGUAUGGACAAGAAGAAUUAUUACAGUGACUUUUAAUAUACAUAAGACAUGUGACUAUAGUAUUAAGAUAAAUUUGAAAUAAAAUGUGAACCUAUCCUUUAUUUAAAAGAUGAUAAUUUGCUGACAGUAAACUGAGUAUUUGCUGAGAUGCCUAUGUGUUAGAUGUGUAUUGUUGAGUCUACUCUUUGCUAAACUAUUCUUGACAUUAUAAAUGUAAAUCAGAUUUGGAUACAUAUUUUGACGUUAUUGUAUGUCUUGAUAAAGCUACUGAUACAUUGCUCAUUGUACAUUAAUUGUAUUUUCACACUAUGCUCUUUUGUUCUGAAUGAUAUUUCAGGGUGAGCUGGAUAGGGAUAAAUCAGCACAAAAUAUAUUACACCUACACCUUUCACUUGCAAAGUAUAGUUCACUCAGACAACUCACACAGAGAAUGUCCAGAUUUCAGUGAGAGUAAAUAUAAAUAGGCAUUUCAUUAUUAAGAGGUGUCACACUCUACUUUAGGACACCGAACAAUUUGAGUUGUCUGCCUUAACUAGCUCCACACAAUUCUGUAUGACCUACAGUAGGACAAUCCAAUAAGUGCAGGUACUUGAAUAGUAUUAUUACAGUGUUCUUGAGGACCAAUGACACAAUGUGGAAAUUGGACAUCCAUUGUUUGAAAUCUCACAUCAAUGCUUUGGAAAUUCCAAAUAAGUAAAUGGGAUUCCAUAAAUGAAAGUAUUUUCUUCCUUAUACAAUAGCACUAUAAAUUAAUGCUGACUUACAUGGAAUGAAGCUACAGUAUAAUCACAGACAUGUCUUGUUUAAAAAAUCUGACUUUAUUUUCCAACAUUCACUUAAUAAUUUAUCAUUAUUUACAAAGCCUUUAUAUUUCCAGCUACUCUGAAAAGCAGCUUCUAAGAGCUUGGUACUUUUUGACCUUAGAUUCAACUUACCUUAAACAGCAUUGUUUUACAUUUCAUGUUUGUAUGCUUCAUUGUUAAAGUUGUAAUUACAUUGUUAUAGCUUACAAAUCUCAAGGAUUGCUUGGUGAUGUUAAAACACUGCCUGAAAACUCCUUGCCAUGGCCUUUUGGGGCUCAUUAGGCUCUUUAUGACUAAAUGUGCGGGGGGCUUUUCACUUUGUUAUCAUCAUGCAAGCAUUUAAGAGAUUCUUGUGUGCAACAAUAAAAUAUGUAUAUGAA